GAGGCUGGCACGGCAGCCGAGCGACAAGGUACAGAAUGCUGGGAGACACGGGGGAGCUGUUGUUGCCCGUUCAUCUGGAAGAAAGAGCGAGAACAGAAUUGAACGAGACGCCCCAGCGGCGAGAUGAUGCCCUCAAGGAACUGCGGGCGCUGGUCGAUGCCGAAGCAACGGUGCUGACGCCGAGAACAGAUCCACUGUUCCUUCUCCGCUUUCUGAGGGCCAGGAAAUUCGACGUGGCCGCUGCGUUCCAGCUGCUUUGCAACUAUUACAGAAUGCGCUUCGAAAACCCUGACCUGUACCAGAAUCUGUACCCUUCCAGUGUCAAGGAAGUAUUCGACCUACAGUGCCUCGGUUUCCUCAAGGACACCGACCAGGAAGGACGCAAAGUGUUCUUCCUGCGAAUGGGGAAGUGGAGCCCCGACGUUUGCUCCCUGGAAGCCAUGUACAAGCCGUGCACGCUCGCCUGGGAGCACGCACUCGAGGAGCCGGCGACGCAGGUGAACGGCAUCGUGGCGCUGGUAGACCUCGAGGGCGGCUCACUCAGGCACGUCGGCUCCAUGUCACCCGAGCACGCCUUCAAGAUUGUGUACUGCGUUCAGGAAUGCUACCCCAUACGUCUAAAGGCGAUCCACGUCGUCAACCAGCCCUUGUUUUUCACAAUUCUGUUGAAAUUCCUGAAGCCAUUCGUGAAGAAUAAGUUUUUCCAACGACUUCACCUGCACGGAAGGAAUUACACGAGCCUGCACGAGCACCUGCCGCGCGAAAUGCUGCCACGCGAGUACGGCGGCGUUCGGGAGCCCCUCGACAACUCGGAGUUUGUGGACGCCCUGCUGCGGAACGAGGAAGCCUUCAAGUUGCACGAGACCUACGGAUACCGGCACCGACCACAGCAACUUUCUUCAGCCGUGACCGGCCACGAUGCGUCCGCACAGGGUGGCGGAUGUUUUCCCCCGCGCAACUCGCGCGUCGAACUGGUGCAGAAGCUGUGGCGCCGCUUCGCUCACUCGUCCCUGCUUCCGGACGACGUGUCCGAAGGGUCGGUCCACGCCAAGACGCUGCACAAAUGCCUGCAGAAGAUUGAACAGUCCAACGGCGAGGCCAUGACGAACACCGACUCGGCGGCUACGCCAAACAAAGCUGCAUCAGCGACCGGCCUCGAGCAUGCAGCCAAGCUAGAGCUCGGCGAGACAGCGGAGGCCAAGGUCCGCGGUUUGUCGAGAUUAAGGGAGCUUAUCGCCGGGGACAAGUCACUCCUUUGUCCCACGGACGACAGAUUUCUGGUCAAGUUUCUGCGGGCCCGCAAGUACUGCGAAGAAGCGGCCUUCAGGAACAUUCAGAAGUACUUCCGCGUCAAGCAAACCGCGGGAGACUUCUUCAAAAACCUCUCCCCUUCCACGGUGCCUCUCAGCGCAGUGUUGCCCGACCACCGGCUCAUGAUGGUAUCCAAGAAGAAAGAUCCAGAGGGAAGGAGAGUUGCCGUCAUAAAGAUUGGUUCGUGGAACACAAGUGUGUGCUCUGUAACCGACCUGAUGAGAUCUGCACUGGUGAUGGCAGAGUGGGCGCUGCUGGACGAAGAGACGCAGGUUCGCGGUGUCGUGUGCGUGUUCGACCUCAAGAACCUGCACAUAAUGCACAUGGCACAUUUCACCCCCACAUUCGUCAAGAAAACGGCUCAUAUUAUGCAGGAUUGUUAUCCAGCACGCAUUAAGGCCAUCUACGUGAUAAAUACUCCCCCUGCCUACGAAAUGAUCUUCGCUGCUGUCAAGCCUUUCCUGAAGUCGAAGCUUUUGAAACGGAUAUAUUUUGUGGGCCGGGACCUGCGCAAGCUUCAUGGUGUACUUCCAGCCGACGUGAUACCAGCGGAAUAUGGCGGCACGCACGAAGACUUCGACUACUGUAGGCUAGAAAAGGACGUGAAAAGCUCGAGCAGCUACUUCGAGCACAUCAGCCGUUUCGGUUAUCGCACAAGUGUGCUGAAAUAGCAGUUGCGUUAGCGUCCAUGAGAAAAAAACACGCUUCGGCCUAAUAAAG